AUGGCCAGUCCAGCUCGGGGAGCCUGUUCUUAUCGUCUUUCCUCUACCGGUUCUUCGAUUUCUUCCCAGUUUCUCCUUCUUAGGCCCCUCUGCUCCUCUGGUUCGUCAUCAGUUCCGACUUCUGCCGAGAUCGAAGCCGCCGGCGGAACCCCCAGCUCCAACGUUUCCGCCUCCGACAGGGUCCUCCACGAGAAAUUCCACGCUCUGAUCAAGGAUCACGGCCGGAGGAACCCCACUACUGUGGCGUCUGCUGCUGGGAUCCCCUUCGAUUACGUCAUCCCUUCCCUGUCUUCCUCUUUUUCCCUAAUCUCUCGGCCUUCAGCCGUCUCCUCUGUCCUGGUCCACCACGUUAUCCACCAGUGCGCCGCUCCCCGCCAUGGGAUCCCCUUCCCCCAGACCUUGGCCUUCUUCAACUGGUGGCUCUCCUCCCCCGCCGCCGCCGAGUCCACUGCGGCCGAACCCUUCGACGCGAUGAUCGACCUCGCCGGGAAGCUCCGCCACUUCGACCUGAUAUGGCGCCUCCUCGACGCCAUGCGUUCCCGUGGGAUUCAGCCCACCCUCCGCACAUUCUCCGCCAUCAUCCGCCGCUACGCGAGGGCGGGCCUCACAGCCGAGGCUGCCCAUGUCUUCCACCGCAUGGACGACUACGGCUGCCCCCCGGACCUCGUCGCCUUCUCCGUCCUCAUCUCCGUGCUAUCCAAGAAGCGGCGCGCCGCCGAUGCGCAGGCCUUCUUCGACGCCGUCAGCCACCGGUUUCAGCCGGACGUGGUGACCUACACUAGCCUGGUCCAUGCCUGGUGCCGAGCUCGCCGCAUCGACGAAGCGGAGCGGGUGAUCAGGGAGAUGCGAGAGAAGGGGAUCCGCCCCAAUGUCUACACCUACAGCGUCCUGAUCGACGCGCUGUGCAGGGCGAGCCAGGUCAACCGCGCGAACGAGGUCCUGAUCGAGAUGAUCGACGGCGGCUGCGUCCCCAACUCCGCCACCUUCAACAGCCUGAUGAGGGUCCACGUGAAAGCCGGCCGCACGCAGAAGGCUCUGGAGGUGUACAACCAGAUGAAGCGGCUCAACUGCGCCGCCGACGAGAUCACCUACAACUUCCUCAUCGAGGCUCACUGCCGGGACGGCGGCAACCUCGACGCCGCGCUGAAGCUGCUGAACCAGAUGGUCUACAGAGGGUGCUCUCCGAACGCUUCCACCUUCAAUCUCGUCCUCCGAUGCGUGCUGAAGCUGGGCGACGUCAAUGCGGCCCACAAGCUGUACGCGAAGAUGAAGGAGGUGAAGUGCAGAGGCAACACCGUGACCUACAACCUGCUCAUGCAGUUGUUCGGGAGGGCGAGGUCGACGGACAUGAUGCUGAGGAUGAGGAGGGAGAUGGAGGAGGAGGGGGUGGAGGCGAACAACAACACCUAUAAGGUGCUCAUCUCAGUGUUCUGCUCUAUGGGGCACUGGAACAGGGCUUACCGCCUGUUCAGGGAGAUGAUGGAGGAGAAGGGCAUGGAGCCCACCACCGGAGUCUCCCAGGCGGUCCUGUCGGUGCUGAAGAGGGCCGGGCAGCUCACUAAGCACGAGGAGCUGGUGGAGAAGCUUGCAGAACGGAGACUCCAUGCCCGUUCUUCCUAA